AUCUUACAGCGAUGGCUUUCUACAAAGUGAUGUGUUUGGCUGCUGGGCUGAUGCUCCUGACCCAAGAGUCUGAGUCACAGCUGGAUGUUUGUGGUCAGGCGGCUCUGAACACCAGGAUUGUAGGAGGACAGGUGGCCCCUGUUGGCAGCUGGCCCUGGCAGGUCAGUCUGCAAACAUCUGGGUCCCACUUCUGUGGAGGAUCCCUCAUUAACAGUCAGUGGGUGCUGACUGCUGCUCACUGCUUUAAUACCACCGACCCAAGCGGAGUGACUGUGACUCUGGGCCGUCAGACUCUACAGGGAUCUAAUCCCAAUGCAGUAUCUCAAAGUGUAACACAGAUCAUUCCACAUCCAAACUACAACUCUACAUCAUUUAACAACGACAUCUGCCUCCUGCAGCUCUCCUCAUCUGUGAAUUUCACCAGCUACAUUUCUCCCGUCUGCCUGGCAGCUUCAAACAGCACCUUCUACAGCGGUGUUAACAGCUGGGUCACUGGCUGGGGCAGUACUAAAGAAAAUGUGUGCCUUCCUUCACCCAACCUGAUGGAGGUGGAGGUUCCCGUGGUGGGAAACAGGCAGUGUAACUGUAACUAUAGAGUGGGAACAAUCACUGACAACAUGAUCUGUGCCGGGUUAAGUGCAGGAGGAAAGGACUCCUGUCAGGGGGAUUCAGGAGGUCCAAUGGUGAUCAAGCAGAGCGGUCGCUGGAUUCAGGUGGGAAUCGUCAGUUGUGGGAACGGUUGCGCCUUGCCGAAUCUUCCAGGAGUCUACACCAGAGUAUCCCAGUUCGAGACCUGGAUCAACAGCCAGAUCUCCUCCAACCAGCCGGGCUUCAUGACGUUCACGUCCACUGGGACCAACAGUGAUCUCAGUGUUACCUGCCCAGGACUGCCACCAGUGCCAACCACCACCACCCCUACUACUACUACAACCACAUUGCCUCCAACCACUUCCCAACCGGUAGUCUGUGGACAAGCUCUGAGGAAUUCUCGCAUCUUGGGAGGAACCUCAGUGGCGACAGCUGGCUCAUGGCCGUGGAUGGCGAGCCUACAGAAGAAUGGAAGUCACGUGUGCGGUGGGACUCUGGUGGCCUUGGACUCAGUACUGAGCAGCGCCAACUGUUUCUCAAGCUCCCCUGUAGCGUCCGAGUGGACUGUCGUGUUGGGGCGUCUGAAGCUAAAUGGAUCCAACCCCUUUGAGGUGACGCUGAAUGUGACAAAUAUCACUCUGAGCAACACGACCGGGACCAACAUAGCCAUCCUCCGUCUAUCUGCCCAGCCCACCCUGACCGACUACAUCCAGCCCAUCUGCUUGGACAACGGGCGAACCUUCGCUGAGGGCUUGGCGUGCUGGGCGGCCGGUUGGAGUCCUGGAAGAGGAGGAGCUGAGGAAGUUAUGCAGCAGUUUAACACCUCGGUGGUAAACUGUGGGAACUCAUCAUCGAGUGGGAGCAUCUGUACAGACGUGUUUGCACUGCAGCAGGGUGAAUCUGGCGGCCCGCUGAUGUGUAAGCAGGGCGGCUCUUGGUUCCAGGCGGUCGUGUUAACAGCUCCAAGCCCCUCUGCCAGGAGGAGACGAAACUCAGUCAUGACCUUCACCAGAGUGAGCUCCUUUGACGCAUUUCUGAAUGCGACACUGGGGACGCGCUUGUCUCCGGCCUCCAACAUCACCAGCAGCAUCAACACCACCAACACCAGCAGCCCCAGCACCACCAGCACCACCAGCAGCGUCAACACCAGCAGCGUCAACACCACCAGCACCACCAGCAGCCCCAACACCACCAACACCAGCAGCGUCAACAACACCAGCACCACCAACACCACCAUCAGCACCAAAACCACCAUCAACACUUCCAGAACUACGUCAAGUACCGUAUCACAAAGCAGCCGAGCAGCUCAAUCCUUGAUGCUUGUCUUUGUCCAUCUCCUCGCCUUUUGUCUCCUGCGCUUCCUGUAG